UGUUUGUGUGUGUUUCUUGUGUUGACCUGUUGGCAACCUCGUAAAGUGACGGAAUUUAUCGAUAAUGCAGGCUGAAUUGAUGUAUAGAAAAACAGGAAUGAUGACUUGUCAAGAGCCAUCAUCAUCAUCAAUUGGUCAUAAAAAUUUUCAUAAUCAUUUAAUUAAAAAUGAUAGUACAAAAGAUUCACGUGAAACAAUACAUUCUGGUCAUUUUAUGAUAUCUGAUUUUGAAGCUGAGGCACAAGAUGACGAAGAUGAAUUAGCUGUACCCGUACCAGAAGAGGAAGCAGCAAGACUUGCUAUAAUAGCACCUGUUGGUUUUUCACUUGAUAGAUUUGUUGCUUCAUCAAAUGAAAAAAGUGCUCAACAAUUGAGCAUUGAAACAUCAUUAAAUAAAUUAUUUCAAUGCAUGUCACUUGCAUACAGACAGAAGUUAACAUCACCAAAGUGGAAUCGUUUUAAGGGAAUUAGAUUAAGAUGGAAGGACAAAAUAAGAUUGAAUAAUGUCAUUUGGAGAUGUUGGCAUAUGCAGUUUAUCCUGAAACAAAAUACUCUUGUGUGUCAAUUUGCAUCACCCCUUGACGUUGAUACUCACAACAAACCCGAAGCAGUUGUAUUAGAGGGUAAAUAUUGGAAGCGAAAACUUGCUGCUGUAACUGCUGAGUACAAAAAAUGGCGUAUGUUUUAUCGAAAUCGUAUACUUGGCUGGACCAACAAAGACGGCACAGAUAUGCUGGAAUCAAUGGACAUGUUGGAUUGGGACACUGGUAUGAUGGGAUCAUCAAUGGGUUUUGGCUCAGGAUUAAUGAAUGUAAAUGGAAAUUCAAGUGGAUUACAGGGUUCAGACAGUGUUCACAAUAUGAUGGUUGAUGAAGAUUAUAUGGAACUUAUGACUGAUACAUUAUUUUCAACAAUAAGUUCAAAUCAACCACUUUAUUUUCCAGAUCCUCGUGAAAUUGCAAGAGGUGCUAGUUUAGCUGAUUUUAUACAACCAAGUUUAGGUCCAUUACAACCAAAUCUUGAUGAUUUUAUGGAUACACUUGAGCCAUUACAAGAAUUUUUAAAUUCAAAAUUACCACCAGUGCCUGAAGAAGAGGAUAUAUUUCGUACUGGUUCAUUAAAUACAAAUUAUUCAGAUUUAUAUUUAGUUGGAACAAUGAAUCAUCAAGUUAAUCAUUUAUCAUCAGUAACAAAUCAACAACAACAGCAUCAUCAGCAACGCCAAGAUAAUUCAAAUGAUUUACAAAAUAUACAAUAUAAUACACCAUCACCAAAUAUUAUUUAUAGAAAUACAACAACAAAUAAUAAUGAUAAUUAUCUGGAUAAUCGUGAUAAAUUGACAAGAGCUGGAAGAUCAUUAAUAAAAGGAGGUAAUCGUGUUAUACAACAUUCACAGCAGCAGCAACAACAACAUCCGAAUUUUGUAAAUAAUAUAUCACAUCAAGUUGUUGCUUAUCAAUCACCUCAACAAAUUUUACAAAAUCAACAAAUUCAACAAGAAAAUCAACGUUUACAAUCAACAAAUAAUUACAAUAAUCUUGAUAUACAACAAGUACUAUCAUCACCAUCACAAAAUUCAUCAAGACAAAUUGAAUCACAUAUUCAUAAUAAUAUAUCUCAAUCACAAAAUUAUUCAUCAUCAACACAGCCAAAUACAACAAAUCAACAACAAAUAAUUGAAUUAACAAAUCCAUUUAAAAUUUUAACAACACAACAAAAUUAUAAAUUACCACAAAAUUCAUCAUAUACAACUGGACAAUUUAAAUAUCAUGGAAAAAAUUCAGCAAAUCAACAAACAUCAUCAAAUAUUACAAAUCAAUCAACAGCACUAAUUGCAGCAGCAGCUCCAGCUUCAACAACAUCAUCAUCAUCAACAAAUCAAAAUAAUGUAAUAUUACAUAAUAAUAAACCAGCAUUAAAUCAUCAAAAAUUACAACAACGUACAAUAACAACAACUCCAUCAAUACUACCAACAACACUAACACCAUCAACAAUAACAACAAAUAAUAAUAAUCAAGAUAAAGAAGAAAUAUUUGCUGUACCAAAAUAUCAAAUGAAAGCAAGAAGUAGAUCACGUUCAAGUUCAGCAUUAAAUCAAACACGUAAUCAUCCACCACCACUUGUAUCAGCAAUAAGUGAUCCAUCAUUAAAUAUAAAUAAUAAUGUUUUAUUAGCACAAUUAUUAACAAAUAAUACAUCUGGUUUAUAUACUGUAAGUAAUGGUCCAGAUAAAUUAAUGUUAACACAACAACAAAAUAAUACAAAUAUAAUAACAAGUAGUGGAUUAAAAAAAAUACAACCAAUACUACCAUCAAUAAAUAAAAAUAUACAAUUAACAAAUCCAAUUGUCAUACAACAACAAAUUAAUAAUUCAACAAAUCUUGCAAGAGUCAGUAGUAAUAGUAGUAGCAGUACUAGUAGUAAUAGUAGUAAUAGUAGUAGCAGCAGUAGCAGUAGUAGUAGCAGUUGUGGUAAUAGUACAAGUAAUAAUAAUAAUUCUAGUAUUACUAAUCAUAGUGAUAGUGGUAAUAAUAAUAAUAAUAAUUGUAAUAGUAUUAAUAAUAAUAAUAACAAUAAUGAUCACUGUAGUAGUAGUAGUAGUAGCAGUAGUAGCAGAAGUAGCAGUAGAAGUAGUAGCAGUAAUAAAAAUAGUGUAAAUAAAACAAUUGAUACAAGUGAAAAAUCAUCAAUGACAAUAAAAAAAAAUUAUCAAGGACAAAAUAAUAAUAAAAAUGUAUCAAAUGAUACAACAACAGCAACAACAACAACAGGAUCAACAAAUGUACAUAGUCCACAAGGUUUAAAUACAAGUCCAUUAAAUAGUCCAAUGAAUAUUGAUAAUCCAUUAUCACCAAAUUCAAAUUUAUUUAUUAAAAAUGAUAAUAAUGAACGUGGACAAUAUAAAGAACAAAGACGUGUUGGUCAUAUACAUGCUGAACAAAAACGUAGAUAUAAUAUUAAAAAUGGUUUUGAUAUGUUACAUAAUUUAAUACCGCAAUUAAAUCAAAAUCCAAAUGCAAAAUUAAGUAAAGCAGCAAUGUUACAAAAAGGUGCUGAUUAUAUUAGACAAUUAAGAAAUGAAAGAAAUCAAAUAAAAGAAGAAAUGGAUAAUCUUAAACAACAAAUUGAUAAUCUUAAUUUAUCAAUAACAAAUUGUCAAUCAUUACUACCAGCAACUGGUGCACCAGUAUUACGUCAACGUACAAAUAAAAUGAAAGAAAUGUUUGAUGAUUAUGUUAAAAAACGUACACGUGAAAAUUGGAAAUUUUGGAUAUUUAGUAUAUUACUUGAACCAUUGAUGAUAUCAUUUAAUGCAUCUGUAUCAACAGCAAGUGUUGAAGAUCUUUGUAGAAGUACAAUACUUUGGGUUGAACAACAUUGUUCACUUGUUGAUCUUAGACCAGCUGUUUUAAAUUCUUUGAGAUAUCUUUGUACAGCAACUGAAAUAUUAUCAGAUCCAGCUAGAUUACCUGAAGAGGCAUUAGCUGCUGUUAAUCAACCUGAAAAACGUUAAAACCCCAUAAAAUAAUUACUAAUCAUAUUAUGAUAUAUAAAAACUUGCCUUCAAUUUAAACGAGAAAAAAAAAUUAUUAAAUUUUUAUAUUAAAACUGCACAAAUUAAUUGUGCAUAUUUUCUUUUUUUUUUUCUUCUUACUAUUUGUUAUGUUUAUAAAAAUAUAUAUUAGUUGUUAAAAAAUAUUUUAAAAUAAUAAUAAUUUAAGAAUCAAUUUGUGAAAUAAUUUUCUUAUUGGUACAAAUAUUAAUAAUAAUUUUUAAUUGUCAAACAUGUGGAAGAUAAAAAUGUCAAUUGAAAUUUAAAAAAAAUACUUCUUGCCAUUAAUUCAAAUAUUAAAAUUAAAUAAAAAUUAUUUUUUCACACUACAUUCCACAUUUGACAUAAUACAAUUAAUAAAAAAAAAAAACGUUAAUCAUAAUUAUUGUUGAUUUUUAAUAAAAAAAAAUAAACAAAAUUAUUUUUUUUAUAGAAAAUUGGCUGUAAAAUAAAAAAGAAAAAAUUGCCAAUGAUAAAAAUUAAAGAUUGUAUAAAAAGAAAAAAAGAAUUGUUAUAAAAUAUAUAAUUAAAAAAAACAAGUUUAAUA